ACGGUACGGCCCAGACCAUAAGUCGUGAAAGUGUGAAACACGGAGCGAACACAGAUUCAGUUGAACCGACAGAACCAAACGGAAUCCAGUGAAGCAGUGUCUGUGUUGUGUUGGAUGACGAUGGGAGGAGCAACGACGACGCAGCAGCAGCAACAAGCCUACGGCGAGCCAUGGUACUGGGACAACCGCUACGCCAACGAAUCGGGACCCUUCGAUUGGUACCAGAAGUACCAGUCUCUAGCUCCCAUCAUCAAUCUCUACGUCCCCCGCCACCUUCGCUGCGUCCUCGUCGUCGGCUGCGGCAACUCCGCGUUUAGCGAAGGAAUGGCGGACGAUGGGUACGAGGACGUGGUUAGUAUCGACAUUUCGUCUGUGGUGAUCCAGGCUAUGCAGGACAAGCACUCGAAUCGUCACGACCUCAAAUAUUUGGAAAUGGAUGUGAGGGAUAUGAAUGCUUUCGAAACCGCUUCCUUUGAUGCUGUCAUUGACAAAGGAACUCUAGAUUCUCUGUUGUGUGGAAGUAAUUCACAACAAAAUGCUGCUCGGAUGCUCAAUGAAGUCUGGAGGGUCCUCAAGGAUAAAGGAGUCUAUAUUCUGGUGACAUAUGGAGCCCCAUUAUAUCGUUUACGGUUACUGACAGAAUCAAGCUCGUGGGGUAUAAAACUCCAUGUGAUAGAUAAACUCGUUUCCAACGAUAAAUCAGAACAUCCAAUAUGGGAGCUGACGAAUCCUGUUCCCUUGAAUGAUGAUGGAAGUUCGGCAGAGGCAUUGCUAGGAAACAACCCUGAUGUCCAUUUUAUUUACAUUUGUACAAAGGAUAAUUCUUCAAAGGCAGGCUUUAAGCGUGAAGUGUCAGUCGACUAAGGAGGAUAAUCUUCAAUCUUUUGCAAUUUCUAGCCGUGCCUGCAUUAUUGCUUGUGUUGAACUAAUAAUUUGUCAGCAUUACUUAUGUUGUCCGUAUAAUGCUUGAACAUAAGAUUUGUAAUUCUCAUAAGAUUUGUAAUUCUUUCGUUUAUAUGCUGUUGUUAUUGUAACAUGGAACCAAUAAGGCUUUCACAAUAUUGGAAAUGGUAUCAAAUCUCUUCUGAUCUUUUGUUA